AUGAACACCACCUUGUUCUCUUUCACUGCUAAACCAUUAACCACCACUCCAUCUAAGUUUCAACUUCAUCACCAAAAGUACUUACUCUCAGUGACCCCUCUAAAAAGCUCAACUGACAGCACCAACAGCAAGAUCACCAGCAAAGAUGGUGAAGUUGGUGCACCAUCUUCACCUGAAGUUGCUCCAAUUCGGUUCAAGAGAGUAUCGAGACGGAGGGCUAGACAACAGGAGCUGGAACAGAGCAAGCCGGCGCCUAAGCAGCCUAAGCCUCCGAAAGAGUGGGAGGCUAUGACACUGACUGAGAAGGCACUUGAGUUGUAUGUUGGUGAGAAGGGCCUUUUGUUCUGGAUCAACAAAUUUGCUUAUGCCUCUAUUUAUAUCAUCAUCGGGGCUUGGAUUUGUUUUCGCUUUGUUGGUCCUGCUCUCAAUCUUUACCAGCUGGAUGCUCCUCCUCUUUCUCCCACGGAUGUUUUGAAGGGAUCAUAA